GAUAAGUACAAAUCAAUAACUGUUCAAGAUUUGAAUCAGCAUCUUUAUAUGAUGCCGGUAAUUUUAUUUGAUCCUUUAUGGUUAAAAGCUGAUUUAACCGUUGUAAAUCAAAUAUUAAGACCAAAUCUGAACGUUUUUUUGGAUGUAUUUAAACCUUAUGUUUUGGAUUAUGAAUUUCCGGCAAUCUUAGUUAGAAAAAUGAACAAUGAUCCAUUGAAGUUGAGGCAUAAACAUCAGUUUUUUAGAGGUGCUUUCACCUAUCAUUGGCACAACAACUGGCGUAGGUCAAUUGAUCCUGAAUCUUGGCUUGGUGUGUUGGAAAGCGCUUAUGAUGCGUUUAUAGAAG